AUGGGAGGAUUCGAGAAUAUCUCAACAAAGGCUUUCGUGGUGGAUGAGUUAGGCGCCCCGUUCAAGUUGCAGGACAUAGUACUAGAUGAACUGCAUGCCGACGAGGUUCUUGUAGAGAUAAAGUACACUGGAAUAUGUCAUACGGACAUUGUUGUUCAGCAUGGAGGUAUGCCUGUUGGAAGUUACCCCGCUGUGCUAGGGCACGAAGGAGCAGGUAUUGUUCGACAGGUCGGAUCCGGUGUGGAUGCUGCAUCCUUGAAACCGGGUGAUGCAGUCAUGCUGAGCUUCCGUACCUGUCAAAAAUGUGAAGCAUGUCGUGCUGGACGUUGCGGUGCAUGUCCACAAAUGACCGAGCUCAACUUUGUGCGGUCGCGCCGGGAUGCAACUGCCAAACCACCGUUUUCGUUACCUGACGGGAAACCAGUGCAUGGCCAGUUUUUUGGUCAAUCCUCGUUUAGUAAGAUGACAAUCGUUGCUGAGCAGUCCGUCACUAAGUGCGACCUGACACUCGACGAGAUGCAAUAUCUGGCCCCUCUGGGAUGCGGCUAUCUCACCGGUGCAGGCACUGUUCUCAACGCAUUGAAACCCAAUCGCAGCUCGAAAAUCGCAGUCCUAGGUGCGGGUGCGGUUGGAAUGGCCGCGGUCAUGGCAGCCAAGGCCGCUGGUGCAGCUGAGAUCAUUGCAGUAGAUGUUUUCGAUGCUAAGCUGGAGCUGGCUCGCUCCGUCGGUGCCACACAAACAGUCAACACGAAACAGUUUCCCGACUUCACAGGGAAACUCCGGGAGACAUUCCCAGAAGGGGUCGAUUUCGUCCUAGACACGACUGGAAACACGAACCUGCUCGGAUCAUCCAUUGGAAUACUAGCACACGAAGGUACACUGGCGCUUGUAGGAGUUCCACGUCCUGGGAGCAAGAUUGAAGUAGACGCUUUGGACUUGCUCCUAAGUUGUAAGCGGAUUAUCGGCGUAAUCGAAGGAUAUUCAGAUCCAGGGAAGUUGCUUCCUGAACUGGUUCAGCUAUAUCGGGCAGGAAAGUUUCCGGUCGACCGUAUUGCCAAGGUUUAUCCUGCAGAUUCGCUUGAUAAAGCAAUUGAAGAUCUGAAAUCCGGGACCGUAAGUAGUAUCUUCGCAUUGAGAAGGUUUGGCUCUAACGAGACUUUUACAGGUCAUCAAGCCGAUAAUUUCGUGGAAUGA